AUGGACUGCAUCCGGAAACAAUUCGACCAGGACCUCCUUCUGGACGGUCGCUAUCAGACUCUGUCUCCCCUCAACCAUGGCUCCUUUGGUAUGGUCUUCUUGGCCAAGAACGUCAAGACCAACGCUACAGUUGCCAUCAAAUGCAUCGCCAAGGCUUCGGGCUCUGACACUUGCCCUGCUGCCAUCGCUGUCGACGAGCGUUCCGAGGAGUUGGAUAUUCAUUCCCAUCUGGGCUCGCAUCCCAACAUCGUCAGUCUUCUUGAUACCUUCGAGACUGAGCACCACACGUAUCUGGUAAUUGAGUUUUGCCCCAACGGAGAUCUCUACGAGGCCAUUCGUCUCAACAGAGGUCCUCUCGAAACCGAGCACGUUCGCGACUUCAUGAUGCAGUUGAUCUCUGCUGUGGAGUUCAUGCACGCCAAGGGUGUCUACCAUCGCGACAUCAAGCCUGAGAACAUCUUUUUGACUCAGUCGGGCUCGAUGAAGCUUGGUGACUUUGGCCUCGCUACCAGGGACCAGUGGUCCACAGAAUACGCCGUUGGUAGUGACCGCUACAUGGCUCCUGAGCAGUUCUCAGAGACAAGCUAUACCACUGGUUAUUCCCCAGCUGCUGCUGAUGUCUGGGCUAUUGGUAUCUGCUUGUUGAAUGUUCUAUUCUCUCGCAACCCGUUUGCUACUCCUACCCAGUCGGACCCUAUCUUUGACGACUUCGUCAGAGACCGGUAUUCUCUCUUCGAUGUCUUCCCAACCAUGUCUCAGGACACGUUCACCGUUUUGAUGCAAUGCCUUGCUAUCGAUCCUGCCAAGCGCUCGCUGGCUGCUGUCCGCGCCGCCCUCGAAUCAGUCCUCAGCUUCACCACCGAUGAUGAUGCCAUGGAUGACUUCUGUAUCGAGGAGCGCGAUCCCAUCCGUGCUACU